GUCUCCUGGCUCUCUGCGAGUGAGUGAAGAACUUCUGGAGGUGGCUUGCUGUCUGGGGACAACUGGAGAGGAGUACAAGCCCAGAGGUUUCCCUGGAGGAAGGAGACAAAUCACAAAAGUUAAAAUCCCCUGGGCUCACCCACACAAAAAGGAGACCCCGGACUUUCCUGGCAUUCCAGUGGUUAAGACUCUGCACUUCCAGUGCUGGAGGUGCGGGUUCAAUACCCGGUUGGGGAACUAAGAUCCUGUAUGCCGCUUGGCACAGCCAAAAAAAAAAAAAGAGACCCCUAGAAAGGAACACCUGACCUGCCUAAGACCAAACAGUAACAUCAGGACUAUGACGCAGACCUCCUCUUGAGAAACAAAUUUUCACGUGGCUGCUUCCUUCAUAUCAUCGUGGCUCAAACGUCACCAUCACAAAGAGGCCCGAGUCUCCAAUCUAAUGUCUGCUCCCUUCCUGCAGUUCCUCAUCAUCGCUGUUUUAUUCAUAGCACUGAUCACUACUUGAGCAAAGAUGGAGAGGCGGAGGCCGAGGGGCAGGACACAGCCUACCUUACCGACAGCAGACUUCACCACUGGCCACGCUUGGCCCCAGGAAGGGCCAUUCCCCCACUUGGACUGGCCCCUGGCCCUGCCAAGGCUUGAGCUCCCUUGCUCUUUGGAGUUUUCCCUCCACACGCCCCAGCCUCAGCAAAGCCUGCCCUCUCCUGUUCACUGCCCACAGCUGGUGUGACUCCAUUAAUCUCCAAGCUUCCAGAAGAAAAGGAAGAAACCUAAUUAUCCCUCGGCUGGGAGGGCUCAGUGCCAAGAGACAGUGAUCAGCCACUCAAGACUCACAUGUGAAACUCAGAAUAUCAGGAGGACGGCAAGUUGGGACAAAUUCCAAGUUUCAACCACCCCAGCCCGACUCAGUGUAUGACUAACUUCACUAGAAGAGCAGAUGGGACGUCACCUGCUCUGAUGGGGGCUGCCAUUUCUGCCCCUUAUGGAGGACCAUGAGCACGGUGUCAUCUGUCAGGGAUUGGAAAUACUCUUCUGUCUCUACAAUUGUGCCAUCUUCCUCCAGCACCAGGAAGAAAGGCUUGUCUGCCAGCAUCAGGGUAUCCUGGACCUGGAGAAUAAGGUGUGCCCCAAACUUUCUACGGUGUGUGUCACCAAGGUGAGGGCUGAAGCAGUUCAAAUGCUCCAUGAGUAGGAGGAAGCCAUGGGACGACGUGGAGGGUCCCCGCAGAGAAUGGAGCCUCUUCAGCAUCGGAAACCACAGGAAACCAGGUCAAUGCGUGGGGCCCACUCCCUCAGCUCCAGGGCUCAGCUAUGAGACCUGGGGCUUCCUGAGCAGACUGUACUGAUGAGUGGCUCCUUGAAGCUGGAGGCCCUUUGGCAGAAGUGCUGGAACUGGCCAACGGGUAGAGAGAGAAAGCUGGACCCUAGUCCUGAAAGUCAGCCAGGUGGGAGCCAGGAUGCACAGGGGGACAUGUAAGGUUUACGUGCUUUUUUGUUCUGCCCACCUCUAAGUGGUGCAUCAGUCACCUCGGUCUCCAGCACCCACUACAGAGAAGUGCUUCAUGGCUCUGUCAGUCUUUUAAGUGAGAGGAUGAAGCACGUGUCCAGGGGAGAUUCAAGGCCAGGAGCACGCUAAGGGGCGGGUCUGACCUGCAGGGUGUUGCAGGAGUAGGAGGAGUUACGAAGUGGGUGCAGCCGCCUUCCAUCCCCCUGACCCUGUGCCAGCCUCUUGCCUGUUAUUUCUCUUCCAGAGCAGGAGCCCCCUUGCCCUCCAGGUAGGGGAGUAGGGUUUUCUGGGGGGCAAGUGUCCUUCAGUCCCUCCACUUGGAGGAGAAGGAAUGUGGCCUGGCCGGCUGGUUGAGCCUGAGGAGGAGCUUUGGGGCAGGGCGGGACAGGGGCAGGCUGAGGCGAGGGCUCCUGCUGGCACUGCACUCCCUGCUGCUGCACGGCAAGGCCCUGCCACCCACCUUCAGGAGGCGCAGCCAUGUUCUGGAUACCUUGAUCCCUCGGAAGCCCAUGGGGAGCCCCGGACUGUCAGCCCUGCUCCUGCCUCUUGUCCAGCUGCUCCUUGGCCUGUCUGCCUCUGCUAGUAUUGGCUGCCCCUACCUUCCCAGCUGGAGCACCCUCUGUCUGCUGGCCUCCCACAUGGAUGACAGUUUCACUGGAAGGUCUGCCCAAAUUCCUCGCCAUACCCUAUCGGCCUUUCCCCCCUCCCCAAAGCCUUGGCGUGCUUGGCUCUGCCACUGUCCCUGCUGUUGGUGCCUGCAUCUGGUGUCAGAUCCUUCGGGUCUUCAGUGGGACUGGCUCCACCUCCUGGUGCAGAAAUCCAAAAAGUCUUACAAGUUCCGGUUCUGUAGGAGGCACACGAUGCCAGCAUCUGCUCAGAGGAAGCUGCUAAGUAGCCGUUGCCUGUCUGAGAAGGGCCAUCACAUCUCCGUCCCCUCCCCAGACACCUCCCACAAGGGGCUGCGUUCCAAAAGAACCCAACCUGCAGAUCCAGAGAAAGGGGAAGUUCUCUCCAAACGUGGCUCACAAAGGCUUGGAGGGCCUGAGUUCUCCUUUGACUUGCUGCCUGAGGCACGGGUUAUUCAAGUGACCAUUCCUCCAGGCCCUGAGGUCAGUGUGCGUCUUUGCCACCAGUGGGCACUGGAGUGUGAGGAGCUGAGCCGUCCCUUUGAUGCCCAGAAAAUUGUGUCUGGGGGCUGCACUGAAGACCUGCCUUAUGAAUUCCUUCUGCCCUGUCUGUGCAUCGAGGUGUCCUACCUGCAAGAAGACACCGUGAGGCACAAAAAGUGUCCCUUCCAGAGCUGGCCUGAAGCCUAUGGCUCGGACUUCUGGGAGUCGGUGAACUUUACUGACCACAGCCAGCACAGUCAGAUGGUCAUGGCCCUGACACUCCGCUGCCCACUGAAGCUGGACGCCUCCCUCUGCCAGAGGCGGGGCUGGCACACCCUCUGCGAAGACGUCCCCAAUGCCACGGCUCGAGAGUCAGAGGGGUGGUAUGUCUUGGAGAAGGUGGACUUGCACCCCCAGCUCUGCUUCAAGUUCUCUUUUGGAAACAGCAGCCACGUUGAAUGCCCCCACCAGACAUUCGCCCCAUCCUGGAACGUGAGCAUGGAUACCCAGGCCCAGCAGCUGGUCCUUCACUUCUCCUCAAGGAUGCCCGCCACCUUCAGUGCUGCCUGGAGCCACUCAGGCUUGGGGCAGGACAGCAUGGUGCCCCCUGUGUACAACGUCAGCCAGACUCAGGGCUCAAGCUCAGUGACACUAGACCUCAUCGUUCCCUUCCUGAGGCCAGGGGGCUGUGUCCUGGUGUGGAGGUCAGAUGUCCAGUUUGCCUGGAAGCACCUCCUGUGUCCGGAUGUCUCUCAUAGGCUCCUGGGGCUCUUGAUCCUGGUACUGCUGGCCUUCACCACCCUACUGGGUGUUGUUCUGGUGCUCACCUGCCAGCGCCCACUGUCAGGCCCAGGUCGAGCGCGGCCGGUGCUGCUCCUGCACGUGGCGGACUCCGAGGCGCAGCGGCGCCUGGUGGGAGCGCUGGCUGAACUGCUGCGGGCCGCGCUGGGCGGCGGGCGCGACGUGAUCGUGGACCUGUGGGAGGGCACGCGGGUGGCGCGCGUGGGCCCGCUGCCGUGGCUCUGGGCGGCACGGGCGCGCGUGGCGCGGGAGCGGGGCACCGUGCUGCUGCUGUGGAGCUGCGCCAGCCCGAGCCCCGCCGGCGGCCCGGAUGCCCGCGCCGCACCCCUGCACACCCUGCUCCGCGCCGCCCCGCGCCCGCUGCCGCUGCUCGCUUACUUCAGUCGCCUCUGCGCCAAAGGCGACAUUCCUCCGCCCCUGCGCGCCCUGCCCCGCUACCGCCUGCUUCAAGACCUGCCGCGCCUGCUGCGGGCGCUGGACGCGCGGACUCCUACUCAAGCCACCAGCUGGGGCCGCCUCGCGGCCCGGCCGUGCCUGCGGGGUCGCGUGGAGCUGUGCCGCCAGCUGGAACGCGAGGCCGCCAAACUUGCCGAUCAAGGCUGAGCAGAGCUCACCGCAGUCCAGAUGUCUGUGGCCGCAGGCCUAGGGGCACUGGCUGGAAGCCCCGAAUGAGGCUUCUACCCUGGAAUCGUUGGAUGCCUCCUAGGGGCCACUGGCCCCAAAGCCUUACGCUACCUCCCAGCCCGGAAGCGGGGCAUCACACUCACUGUCCCAGCCCGUUCCCCACGUUCCCCCAGGGUCCAGUCUCUUCCUCAUGCUUAUGCUUGAGGGUUCUCUCCCUCAGAGCCCCCAGGGAGAGUCACUCUUUCCUGAGAACUCCUCUGACCUCAGUACUGUUGUGAGUGGGGGAUCGUCCCACUUCCUCUCUCCGAAAUUCCAGAGAAUAGUCGUCUGCACGUGCUCCAGUCCAGGCCAGAGAGGUUGGGACAGGGGUUGGGGAGGCAGGAGACAUGGCAGCUCUGAGUGGGAGGUGGCUGCAGAGGGGGUGGGGGGACAGAAACCCCUUUGGGAGCCAGGGAUCCCCCUUUUCCAGACCGGGGCCCUGCCCAGAGUGGGAGGAAGGGAGGGAGGGAGGGCUCUGGACCCAGGGAAGGAGGCUUUGGCCCUGGGUGAUGGGGGCAAAGGUGGGACAGUGGAGACUGAGAUAGAGAAAGUUGAAUAAAGGUGAACAUGAUGGAUAAACUAAGAAACACAAGGUGCUUUUCCAGUGUGCCCGGGGUGCUGAGUUGGGGGAAGGGUCAGCAAGACCCUGCCUGGCGGUUGUUAUGCAUCAUUUUCUGGGCCCAAAUCCACAUCCAUGUCUGUCAUAUUCUCACAAGCAGUGUCUCCCUGGAAAUUUCCUUGAUCCUCACUGUGAUUCUUCAGAGAGAAGAGAAGAAAACACAGGUUCAGAAAGGUGGUGUGGGGCCACAGUCACGCAGCCAGCCCAUGGCAACAGCACAAAUAGGACCCUGUCUUCCUGGCUCUGGGUCCUGGGUCCCAUCCACCCCUACCCCUCGCUUGAGCAUAGGCCGGGAAGAGGCGAAAAGCUCAUGUUACGGUGCCCCUUGUCCCUGUCUUUAGAGAUCGUGUCCCACAGUGAGGCCCAAGGGGAAUGUCUGAAGGAACCUGGGGUGGCCAGUAAGAGGGGCCCCGUGGACACCAAGAUCCCAGAGUCACGUGGGAAGUGCAAAUGCCCCAGGAUUGC